AUGCCAGCUGUAUUGAAGUCAUCUCUGGAUGGGAGCAUGACUGACUCGGGGGAGCUUGAGCAGGCAGCACCUCACUACCUUGGAAAAGUGCCCCAUGACCUGCUCCGAAACUUUCUUCAUACUAAACGAGUAGGCAGCUACCUGGUGGGCAAAAUGAUCAACAAGGGCUCCUUCGCAAAGGUUAUGCUGGGCAUGCACAUCAGUACAGGAGAGAAGGUGGCAAUCAAGGUGAUAGAUAAGAAGAUGGCUCGUCAGGAUUCGUACGUCUUAAAGAACAUGAAGCGUGAACCCCGAAUUCACCAAAUCAUCCGCCAUCCGAACAUUGUCCUGCUGCUGGAGACGCUAGAGACGGAGAACUGCUAUUACAUGGCCAUGGAGCUGUGUGGAGGAGGAGACCUGAUGGACAAAAUCUGUGAACGCAAGCGCCUGGAGGAGAGAGAGGUGCGUAGGUUCACCCGCCAGAUACUGUCCGCAGUGGAACAUCUGCACAGGCACGGGAUAGUGCACAGAGACCUGAAGAUUGAGAACUUCCUGCUAGAUGAACACAACAACAUUAAGAUUGUAGACUUUGGUCUGAGUAACACUCUGAAGGCAGAUUCUCUCUCUUUGGAGUUGCUGAAUACUCAGUGUGGCAGUCCUGCUUACGCUGCCCCUGAACUGCUGGCCCACAGGAAGUACGGCCCUAAAGUGGAUGUGUGGUCUGUGGGUGUUAGUAUGUUUGCCAUGUUGACUGGCACUUUGCCGUUUACGGUGGAGCCCUUCAACAUAAAGCAACUCCAUCAGAAAAUGGUGAAUGGAGAAAUCGGUGCUAUUCCAUCAGAUAUCAGCAAAGCGGCUGUUCAGUUUGUCUUGUCUCUGUUGGAGCCAGAACCAACAAAAAGGCCCACAGUCAAAGCAGCAAUGGAGGAUAAAUGGUUGAAUGAGGGUUAUGCCAAGAGACCCCUCCAUACAGUCACUUAUAAAAACAGGCUGUGUCCUGAGGAUCUAAAUUCAGCUGUGUUAAAUUACAUGACAGAAUCUCUAGGCUAUGGUCUUUCUGAUAUCAUUCAUACUGUCAUCAACAACAAACCGUCUGCCAUCUUAGCUUCCUACCAUCUACUGCUGAAAAAACUCACUAGGCAUCAGAAAGGAGUCAAGACCAUUAAGCCUCCUCAGAAUGACACAGCCAAUGAAAGGAGCUCAAGGCAGACCAGUAAGACCCAGAGGAGCCAAUCACAGGACAAGAAAAGGCCAGCAGAGACAAUCAGACCAAAACAGCCAAGCCUAGUGGAUACAGCAGAUUUGCCCACUACACUGCCUGUGGAUAAUAUCACAGCUAAUGAGAUUGCCAUACUUGUGGAGACACAUGAUGGUCUGAUUCCUAAGGUCUCAACUUUUGGUGAAAAAGAGAUGCUUCGUGUCUCACCUCCUAAGUGUUCCUGCAGAGAGGGGAGUGACACCAAACUCUGUGACUCGGCUCCUUGUGAUGCCACUGUAAACAUAGACACCUCUAGAGCCUCCCAGACAAUGAAAGCAUCAGUCAAACCACAUGAUCUUAGACCACCCUACUCUGACAAACAUCAAGGGUUGGAAUCUGAACAUCAACAUGAUGAUUGCAAGUUGCAGACAUUCUACACUGAGAAAGGUGCAUCUCCCAGAACGGGGCAGCGCUUUAAAGAUCUGUUACUGGCCAUUGAGGAGAAAACCUAUAAUGGUCGCCACCUCAGUGCUAUGGAAACCAUAACACAAACCUCCCCAUUACCACGACUACGCCACACUGCAACACUAAAAGAAGCUUUGCCUAGAAAAGUCACAUGGGUUGGUCUUGCGUGCCACGCCACAGUUGGCACAGGCUCCUCUCCUUUCUUAAUAAAUGGGUCUAAACCACCAUUGUUUCCAUCACAGAGGCAACAAGCUCUCAUCAUUAAAAACUUGAGACAUGCAAAGGAGAAGAGGAACAUGGUAACAGGAGGGGGAGGAGGGAUAGGUAUCUCCAGUACCGCGAAACGGAACUCUGUUCAGUUACGAACGGCUAUACAGCGCAGGGAUCUUAACUUACCAAUGCUUCCAUCUGCGUUACAGAACAAAUCUGACAAAAAGACAGAAAUACUCAGAAUGGACUUUGGGUAA